AUGGCUUCCCCGAACAGCAACGUACCAACGCCAGUGCCGUUCCCUCAGCCUGAGGGCAUUCGCAACCCCAAUGCAGCGAGCCCUACCGCAGAGUCGCCCAAGACUCGCGAACGAACUUCCACUAAUGCCUCCAUCGUCUCCAACAAGAUCCGUACCGCGACUGGUAAAUUGAUGGACGUGAACCCGCCGCCCGGCAUGUGGGCUGCCGCAGGGACGACUGCCGCCAAAGCACCUUCGAUAACGGACAUCAGAAAGGGCUCAUUUGGUUCUGACGGAUGGAACGAAGACUCGCAACGGAAGAGAGCAGGUUCACGAACAAGCCAGGGCGAGCAGCGGUCGCGAGCUUCCACCAACGCAGCAUCACCGAUAGAUCAAUCUGAGCGUCCGUCUUUCGGUGGUCAACGCAAGGUCUCGUCGAGCAAUGCAUUGAACACCGAAGCCUUUCCUGCUCUAGCUGAAGAGGAUACAAGACAAGUUGCGGGAUACGAUGGCUACGACGAGCGGCCCAAUACCGGCAGACAAUCAAAGCACAGCUCCGAAUCCGCGACAGAGCACUUUGACGACGAUAGGCCGCAGCAGCCAAAACGGACAUCAUCAGGACGGUAUGCCAACGGCUACGUACCACCUCCCAAGUUGCCGUGGAAGAAAUCGUUCAUGAUCGGGCUUAAAGGCUUUUGGAAGUGGUUCCUCACACCCGCCGGCUUCCUCAUCACGCUCUACGGUCUGAACGUUGUCGCCUGGGGCGGUAUGCUCUUCCUCCUACUCUGUAACGCCGCACCCGCCAUGUGUACACCUACCUGUGACGACAUCAAUUCCCCGCGCCGGAAGUGGGUAGAGUACGAUUCGCAAAUCCUCAACGCACUUUUCUGCGUUACAGGAUUUGGUCUCGCGCCUUGGAGGUUCCGCGAUCUAUACUACUGGGCUUGUUGGAGAAUCGGAGGGUCAUCCCGCACGGAGACGGGCAUCAGACGUCUUGCUGGCAUACAUCGGGGAUGGUUUCGGCUUCCAGGUUCAGAUCGGCUGCCUGACAAAGCAGGCGCAACCGUCGUCGAUCCCGAAGAUCCAGCUGUACCAAUUCCCGUCCAGAUGAUCCCCGACCCACCGCCCACGGCGAUUCGCGCCCCACCCACUAAGAGCUGGAAGAUGGAUUUCGUCAUAUGGAUGAAUGUAUGGAAUACUUUCUUCCAGGUGGUUCUAUGCUUCUACAUGUGGCACUAUAAUCGCAUCGACCGGCCUUCCUGGGCUACUGGUCUGUUCGUGGCUCUGGGAUGCGGAGUGGCGGGUGCUGCAGGCAUCAUGAUGUGGCACGAGGGCAAAAACGUCAAGAAAGUCGAAGGUGUGCCCAUGCGUAGGGAUUAUGGAGACCAGCGAGACGACGAAGAAGCGCAGAACAUUCCACUCGUGACCACAGGAGUGGCGACGAAAUCCUAA